GGAAUACUACACUGCAAACUAUAAUGUAUUUCAGGUGAAACGAGUCAUUUUUCCCUUGGAGGAGUUUUUCAAAUAGAAUACAAAAUUGAUGAUCUACAGAGUAAGAAGAAAUUCGUUCUCAAUGUCAAUCUGAAAAUCUGUUUUGAGCAGGAAGAAUGUCUAUUAAAAUUUGCCGUCCUUACAGACGCAUAUAUUCCAAAACCACUGUGUGACUGGAACGCCGGACUCAUAAUUCCAGACUAUUUAUUGGCUAACUGGAUGGACGAUGCGGGGUAUGGCACUGACGUUGACGCUCUUAAGGAUUAUAUGAUAGAGAAACUUUUUGAUACCUUGGGUAUUGCCAAAUACAUUGACGCAAAUGAAUGCACCAGAGAGGCAUACCCUUUCGCGAAUGCCACAAAUAGCUGGACGAUAGAAUGCCCAAAGCCCAUAGACGUCGCUGUUCUUCCAGAAUUUAUAGCAUGUCAUAUACCGUCUUACUGUACCGGCGUUGACUGCUGUGUUUAUGUUGAUUUGGUGAAGCGUUCCUUCAAAAUUUACGUGCACCUUGAUCCUUGCAACUAUAUUUUUGCAAUUGGUAUUGAUCAAUUUGGAUUAAACAUAUCACUCCUUGAGUACGACUGGGGGAAAACUGAAGAAUUUUCCAUGUUUGGCGUAAUGCGUAUAAGUUAUUCAGUCACUAAUUUGGAUGCAGAACACCAGUAUGUCCUGAAUUUGAAGAUAUCUAUUUGUUUCAAAUCAGCCGCUUGUGAUGAAAAUAUUAUACUUUUAGAAGACACAAGAAUACCGAAAAUAGGUUGUGAAUGGAAUACAUCGCUAUCGGAUUUUAACCUAGAUCAGUAUUUAGAGAGGAUUGGUAGCCAGAUUGAAAACAUUGGAGACAAUUUAUCCGAGGUUGCAGCCGAUAAACUUCUUGAAACCCUUGGUGUUUCAAUGUUCAUGUUUCAGACGCAAUGUAAAACUUCUGGCGGGAAUACCCUGAGAAAUGAAUGCGAUCAAUUUGAAACUGAACUCACAGCAAUACCUGACAUUAUGACAUGUUCCAUACCUGUCCAUUGCACGGCAAUCGAGUGUUGCAUCAGUAUUCCUUUGAUAGGCAGAUCAAUAAGUGUAUCAGUCGACCUGGAUCCGUGUGGUUAUCAGCUCAAAGUUAGGUUGGAAAGAUUUACAAAACAUAUACAGUUGUUCGAUUACACAUGGGGUACUUGGCAGACACUUGAUAUCAAAGGUGUUUUCGUUUUACAAUAUCGACUGGAUGAUUUAAAGUCAAGCAAACAGUUAGUUGUUUCUGUACGCGUACUUGCUUGUUUUGAUCGAAACAAGUGCAGUUUGGAUAUACCAAUUGUCGACAAUUUGUUGCUACCCAAACCGCUAUGCAACUAUAACGGAACCUUCAAACUUCCUGGUUUUUCGUUUGAAAAAUGGAUCACGGAAAAUGCAAACAAAGCGACUGACGACCUUACAGAUAUCUUAAAAUCAAAGUUGUUUGAGGAUCUUGGAAUAACACCGUAUUUACUGGACGAUGAAUGCAGUAAAAUUGAUCCAUCACAUGAUGGAUGGGUGACAGAUUGUCCGCUGAAUUUGUCACUUCCUGUGCUUCCGAAUAACACAAACUGCCACCUAGUGAAGCACUGUACUGGAUUCUCAUGCUGUCUGAACGUUCCCUUACUGCAAAGGUCAUUUUCAUUUCACCUGGAUCUAGAUAGCUGCAACUUUGCACUCAACGUCGGCAUCGAGAAACUACAAAACAAUCAGUCACUAAUAAACUAUGAAUUUGGUCGAAAGGAAACAAUCGAUUUGUUUGGAAUAGUUCAGCUCAGCUAUACACUUGUCGAUGAGAAAGACUUGUCAGUGUACAAACUCUCGGUAGAAGUUGGUAUAUGCUUAGAUGCAAAUAUGAAAUGUGAUCCUAUAAUACCAUUGCUUGAACAAGUUCCUAUGCCGAAACCACUGUGUAAUUUGAAUAUGGGAUUCAGACUUCCAGAUUUCAAUAUAGCCGCUUGGCUUGAGCAACAUGGAUUAACGGAAUCUUCACUUAAAGGCACAAUUCUUGCAAAACUGUUUGAUUCGCUUGGAUUAUCUCAAUACAUGCUGGAAGAUGGAUGCAGAUUUUCAGAAAAUCCAUACAAAAAUAGUGUUGACGGUUGGAAUAUAGAUUGUCCUUUGGACUUGACCUUACCCAGGCUGCCCCAUGAAUUACGAUGCUAUGUUCCGAGUUAUUGCACUGGUGUUGAAUGCUGUCUAAAUAUUGAUGUACUUAAAAGAGGCUUUAGUGUUGUUCUUUCUAUGGAUGCGUGUUCCAACAGACUUGUAGUCAGCAUAGACAAUCUUAAGCUAAAUGUGUCUCUUGUGGAUUAUGAAUGGGGCUCUGCAAAAUCGAUGUCAUUAAUGGGUGUUAUUAAAAUAACAUACAGCAUUCGAAAUUACGAGGAAAGUAGACAGUUUGGAAUUGACAUGAGUUUAACAGUAUGCCUUAGCCAUGAUAACUGUGAGUUUCAAAUGACGUUACUGGACAACAAAACACUGACAAAACCACUAUGUAGAUGGGACACAGGAUUUAUGAUAACUGGUUUUUCUCUGGACAAUUGGCUGCAAGAAAAUAACAUACUGGACGUAGCUAACCUUAUGCCAAAUGUAGUGGAUAAGCUUAUGAAAGAAACUGGUUUAAAGCAAUACCUGCAGACGGAACAGUGUAAUCGAACUGGAACGCCUUAUUCGCAUUCAGUGAACCGUUGGCGUUCAGACUGUGAGGAUGAGAUACAGUUGCAAGAUCUCCCUCAGACUAUGUCUUGCUACAUAUCCGACAUUUGCACCAGUAUUCGAUGUUGUAUUGACGUCUCCCUGAUAAAGAGAUCAUUUGAGAUUUUGCUUAAACUUGACAGAUGUCUUUACCUGCUGGAGGUGGAAAUUGAAAACCUGAAAUUGAAUGUGCCUUUGGUCAAUUAUGAUUUUGGCGAAGAAACCCAGGUCUUCUUACUUGGUGUGGUGCGGCUAACAUUCACAAUAGAGAAAAUGAAUGAAACAGCAUUCAGAAUUGAUGCCCGCAUUGACGUGUGUUUCGAAGAAGCAGAACCGUGCUUAUUAUCUGUCACAUUGUUGAAACAUGCCACUAUACCGAACAUUUUCUGCACUCAUGGGACAGGGUUUCAAAUACCAGGAUUUUCAUUCGACGUAUGGGUAAAAGAGAAUGGAAUAAGUACAUACAGUAGUAUAGACGGGUCACUUCUAGAUACUCUACUCAGUGUCUAUGGUAUUGAUAAAUACUUAAAAACAGAACAAUGUAACAUAGAAGACGUCAAGACCAAUGCAAUGCAAGCAAAAUGCAAUGUCAAUCCGGAUAUAAGUAUAAUGUCGGAUAUGACAUGCGCCUCUACUGAAACAUGCCUUGGAAUAUCAUGCUGCAUACAGUCAGACAUUCUGAAACGAUCAUUUGAAAUAUCAUUCGAAAUAGAUGUUUGCAGAUAUGUCAUUGAGUUCAGCAUUGAAACAUAUACAUCAUCCGUGCUAUUAGAUUCGUCAGAAUUGGACAUUUGGAAAACAUUUGAACUCCAGGGACUACUGAAGAUCAGUUACCGAUUGAUAGAUAUGUUUGAAAUGAGGUUCUUUACCAUCGAUGUCAUAGUGAAGUUAUGUCUGUCGGAUGACGACCAGUGUGUCUUGGAUAUGCCAAUUUUCCAAAGACAGAUGAUUCCAAAGCCUCUCUGCCAAAAUGAAUUAGGAUUUAAUAUUCCAGACUUUUCACUUUCGAAAUGGCUUACUGAUGAAGGUUCAAGUAGUGCAAUUUCUGUUUUACCAAUCGAUAUGGUUAACAACUUAAUUGAUGAUUUAGGAAUAUCAAAAUUUUUGCUUCGGGAUAGAUGCACUGUUACAUCUCCAGCGUGGAAAUCAGGUAAAUGA